UGUCAAUGUUUAUCUUUAUAUUUCGUUUAAUUGUUUUCGACGAUUUUUAAUCACUUUUAACUAAUUGUUAGUCUAAUUCUUUUUUAGAAUUGAAAUCUCUAAACUGUUAAUCAAAUGUGUUUCUUUAGUCAAGUUGGAUUUGUUUUUAUCCAUUCACGUAAUCUGAGAAUUUUGUUUCAUUCUCUUCAACGUUAAUCGUUACAUGUUUGUUGUUGCUGUUAAAUUGUUGUUUCUUCUUGACAAUUUAAUCUAAUCUACUUUGAUUUAAUUUUCUAUUUUAAUUAAAUCAAUAGCAAUAACAAUUAUGUCUACUUUAUGAUUCCAAGAAAACGAGAUUUUAUCUCCUCCUUGAUAUUUUUCAUUCAAACAUCCACAGGAAACUGGUUCUAAUUAAUACUUUUGACAGUAAUACCUUUGAUUAGGUUGAAAGAGGAAGUUCAAUUUUUUGAUUGUUCAUCAGCUUAAUGAUCAUAUUUCUGAAAAUGGUUGAAAUUUAGCUUAACGAUUCACUGGAUGAGCAGCUUAUCAUGUUAAUCUUGUAUUCGUGUGUUUAUUGAAUAAUUUAAGUUACUAAUUAGCUGAUGGAUAGUUAAUGAGGCUACUAUUUGGUUCCAUGGUGAAAUUUUCCUGACGAUUGGAUAAGACUCUUGAUAAUCUUUAUGAACUUAUUAUAAUUUAUCAAUAUAAAUAUUCCAAGAUGUCACCUAUUAGUAUUCGUUCUCACCACGGUUCGAUUAAUUGUUCGGCUUCCAGAGAAAUGGAUCACAUAAUUAGUCGAUUGGAACAAGGAUCAAUGUUAACUAAAUUCUAUCCCAAAGGUAAACCUGAGAAAAGGUUUUUCUGUUUACGUCGAAAUACUCGAGAACUUGUUUGGUUCAAGUCCGUUACUGAACGAAAUAUUGAAAAUUAUAUUGACCUGAGACACGUUAAAGAGGUCAGAAUUGGACCAGUGCCAAAGAUAUUUGAACGUUGGCAAGCUGAUGCUCGUAAUUGGCAAAAGGGUCAGUGUUUGGUUAUCCUUUAUGGUCAACGAUUUAGGUUGAAAAAUCUUUCCUGUGUUGCCAUGUCCAUAAGUGAAUGUGAACAAUGGGCUCGAGGGAUUCGCUAUUUAACCGAAGAAACUCAGAAUAGUUCAUAUUUGAUCCACAUAAAUACCUGGUUAAAUCGUGAAUUCACCUCACUGGUCGGCCGUCAAGCAGCUCUAACACUCAACAAAGAUCUCAAACCUUUUCUAUCAAAAAUCAGCUGUAAGGUUUCAACCGAUGAAUUAAAAAGAUACUUCACCCAAGUUGAUCUACAAUCGUCAAGUGAAAUAUCAUUUGGCUCAUUCUGUAAACUAUAUCGAGCCAUGAUUGACCAACGGCGCAUCUUUGACAGAUAUUUUUCCAAAUACUCACUUGAUUCUCGGACAAUUGGUAUCAAAGAGUUUGUACAAUUUGUAAAUGACCAAUGGCUACCAGAGACUGAUGAUCGUAUCGAUGAGAAAAUAGGUUCACUAAUUAUGAGGGAAUUUCUUUCAAAUGCUCCAAGAAACCAUGAUAAUCAAUCCUCAACACCUUCAUCAUCCCAGUCACAAUCUUUUCCCCAUCAUCAUCAUCGCCAUUCAUCCAAAAAUAAACAAUCAACAAACCAACAAUCAGAAGAAAUUUACUUUUCUAUCGAUGAAUUUAUGAAUUAUGUUUUCUCCAAACAUAAUCAACUUUGGGAUAAAAAAUAUGAUCAAAUUCACCAUGACAUGAAUCGCCCAUUGACUCAUUAUUGGAUCGCUUCAUCUCAUAAUACUUACCUGACCGGCGAUCAGAUCAGAAGCGAAUCGUCAAUCGAUGCUUAUGCUCGUUGUCUACGAAUGGGCUGUCGUAGUAUCGAACUCGAUUGCUGGGAUGGACCAGAUGGACUACCGUUAAUUUAUCAUGGACACACAAUCACCACUCGAAUUAAGUUCACCGAUGCCGUUCAAACAAUCAGAGAUCAUGCUUUCGUUAAAUCUGAUUAUCCGGUUGUCUUAUCCAUAGAAAAUCAUUGUUCACUCUCACAGCAAAGGAAAAUGGCUCAAGUUUUCAUUGAAAUACUCGGAGAUCAUCUACUUACUCAACCAAUCAACAAAGAUGAAACCAAAAUGCCAUCGCCUAAUCAAUUGAAACGGAAAUUUAUCAUCAAGCACAAAAAACUAUCAGACAAUGGAGAGCCUAAUCUAUCACUGAAAAGUUCCGAUAAUAAUAAUCAAGAUAUCGACGUUAAUACAUCAAUUAAAAGUGGAAUCUUAUAUCUCAUGGAUGAUUCAUCGAAUCGGGAAUGGAAACCUUACCUAUUCAUGUUAACCAAUACGAAAAUGUAUUAUGCUCAAUGUGAGCAAAAUGCUGACGAUGAAGAUGAAGGUGAGGAUCGAUUAUCAAAUAAAAUUGAUUCUUCUGGACCAAAAUCAAAUGAUGAGCUUCAUUUUGGUGAGAGAUGGUACCAUGGACGAUUACAGGGAGGUCGACAACAAGCUGGUGAUUUACUUGAGAAGUAUUCACAUUUCGGUGAUGGUACUUUCCUUGUUCGAGACAGUGACACUUACAAUGGUGAUUAUUCAUUAUCUUUCUGUUGGAAAGGAAGAGUUAACCAUUGUCACAUUAAAACUCGCCAAGAGAAUACAUUUAAAAAGUAUCGGUUAACCGAUGAUAUUGAAUUUGAUUCAUUGUAUAGUUUAAUUACUCACUAUCAAUCGCAACCCUUAAGCUGUAAAACAGAAACACUUUUCCUAACCGAACCGGUACCUCAGUUAAAAGGUCACGAAAGUAAAGAUUGGUACCAUUCAUCGAUAACCCGACCCAAAGCGGAAGAGCUUUUGAAACAAAUUCAAGUUGAUGGAUUAUUUUUGGUUCGGCCAAGUGAGAAAGAGGACUCAUGUUUUGCCAUUUCCUUUCGAGCGGAAGAUAAAAUCAAACACUGUCGCAUACGACAAGAGGGACGCUUGUUUAUCAUGGGAAGUGCGAAAUUUGAAACACUGGAAGAGUUGAUUAAAUGGUAUCAAAAGUAUCCCUUAUACAAGAACGUCAAACUUAAAUAUCCAAUUAGCGAUGAUUUUAAAAACGGUUUCAAGAAUACAGAAAGUGGACUCAUGUAUGGAUCUGAAGGAUGUUAUUUAGACCCGAAAAAUUGUUCGUCGGGUUUAACAGUUAAAGCUCUAUUUGAUUACCACGCUCAGAAAGAAGAUGAACUUUCAUUUUGUAAACACGCGAUCAUUACGAACGUUGUAAAAGCGGAUCCCUGUUGGUGGAAAGGUGAUUAUGGUGGCCAUGAGAAUCACUGGUUUCCAGCUAAUUUUGUUGAAGAAAUCGAACCCAAUGAUAAUUGUGAGGAAUCGAUGCCUAUUGGAAGUUUACAAAAGGGCAGUAUCGAUAUUGUUGAAUGUUCGGUAACUGCAUCAUCGUCGCCCGUUAAUGGGAAAGAAUGGGUAUUCAAAUUUGUUUCACCUUCGCAAGUUGAACCGAUUGAAAUUUCGGCCUCAUCAAGGGAGGAAAUGAUUGACUGGAUUCAAUGUAUUCGUGAAACUGCUCAAUUGACUCAUCAAAAGAUUUGCCAAAGUAAAGAGAUUGAAAGAAAGGAAAGAAUCGCCCAAGAAUUGUCCAAUUUAAUCAUUUAUUGUCGAUCAGUUCCCUUUGUGCCUGAAAAAAUUGGCAAUUUUACCGAAAUGUCUUCUUAUCCAGAGACAAAGGUCGAAAAGUGGCUUAGUCCACAGAACUAUGUGUUCUUUAAUGGACUCAAUCGAACACAAUUUAGUCGAGUCUAUCCUGGCAUGAGACGAAUUGACUCAUCUAAUUACGAUCCAGUUCGUAUUUGGAAUGCGGGUGUUCAAAUGGCUGCUCUUAAUUAUCAAACACCCGAUCGUCCCAUGCAACUGAAUCAAGGUAAAUUUCUGGAAAAUGGAGGUUCUGGUUACUUGUUAAGGCCAGAAUUUAUGUUCGAGGAAGGUUUCGAUAUUUACAAGGCACCGAAAAUAAAUCCUGUCACAUUGACUAUUCGAAUUAUCGGUGCUCGACAUUUAAUGAAAAAUAAUCGAGGAAACAUCAGUCCGUUCAUUGAGGUUGAAGUUAUCGGUGCUGAUCAUGAUUGUCAUAAAGUUAAAACUCUAACAUGUCCUGAUAAUGGUCUCAAUCCUUGUUGGGAGGAAAGUUUCGUCUUUGAUGUUUCGUGUCCAGAUUUGGCCUUAAUACGAUUCGUUGCUUAUGACGAGGACAGUUUUGGUGAUCCUAAUUUCGUCGGUCAGGCCACUUAUCCGUUCAAUUGUUUACGAAGUGGAUUCCGAAGUGUUCCCCUCAAAAAUGAAUACAGUGAAGAGCUUGAUUUAUCAUCUUUGUUAAUUCAUUUGGAAAAAAAUGCAAACGAAUUGGCUCAUUAACCAGGAUUCAUUUAAUUCAACAAUCAAUCACCAAUAAGCAUUUCCAAUCUGAUUUAGAUUAUUUAUAAACAAUCAACUCAAAUGAUUCCUUGGAU